CUGCGCUCACCGGGGCGGGCGGUGCGGUACGGCCCCUCCCCGCCGCAUUCAGCGCCCGGAGCCGCCGCAGCGCGGAGCGGUCUGCGCUGCUGUCACCGCGCGGAAGGGCCCUCGGCGCUGGGAGGAGCUGGAUGGUGUGAGCGGAACCGCCGUGUGGCUCUGCGAGGAGCCCCGCUGCUCCCAGCAGGACAGCGUCAUGCUGGCUCCGAAGAAAGGGCUGCUGUGCAACCUCAACCACAUCCACCUGCAGCACAUCUCCCUGGGGCUGCACCUCUCCCGGCACCCGGAGCUCCAGGACACCAUGGGGCGGGGGGACCAGAAGUGCUGCAGCAGCUGUCGGGAGAGCUGCGAGCAAGUGGAUGCCAAUUCCAACAAUCCCUCCUUGAAAUGCCACUGCUGCGAGUCCCACGCCGAGCUGCCCGUGACGCUGGGCCUGCAGAACCAGGCGGCUCCAGAGGAUUUCCCCUGCUUGGACGCCGGGGAGGAGGCGGCCUCUCCUUGUGAUCCGGCUUCCACCUCCUCCUCGGUCAGCAGCUGCUCGGAUUUCAGCCUGGAUGAUUCCCCGGUGUCCGUGUACUACAGAGGGUUCUCGGCAGAAGGGUCCCAAUCCCUUACAGAUCUGCCCGGCGCCGUUCCCUCGGAAGAUGCGCAGGAUGGACAGCUGCUGCCUGGGACAGGCGAUGGAAGAGACGUCAACCUCAACCCAGCGGUGCUCCAGGGAGCGGAGGAGAGCCCCGACAGCCUCUGCAGCAGCAGCUCGCUCGACUCUCAGUACGACGAAACCUCUCCCGGUGCGGCCGUGCAGCAGAACACGGACACCUGUAUUGACCUCGACCCCAACUGCAACCCCCUGCCCGACCCCGACGUCGCGCCUCCGGCACCGGCCGUGCCGUGCCGCUGGGAGCAGAGCCCGAGCAGCGCUCCCGAGCCGCGGCCGCGGGUGAGCAGCGUUCCCCCUCCCAUCCCACCGCGGCCCAAGAGGCGGCUGCAGCUCCUCAACGGGCACGGAGCAGAGCGGCCGGCCCUGCCCGCGAGGCCAGCAGCGCCAGAACCCGGCGCUGAGCUCUGCAGAGACGCGGCCAAGAAGAACAUCACCUCCUUCCACGAGCUCGCCCAAAAGAGGAAGAGGAACGCCGCCGGGAUCGCUCCCAUCCCAGCCAGGGUGGACCGGAGCGACUGGCUGAUCGUGUUCUCACCCGACACCGAGCUGCCGCCCCACAGCGAGCUCCUGCCCAGCGCCACGGGCCGGGACCCAGCGCAGCCCCAGCAGGACUGGGGGGUGAGACCUUCCAGCUCCGGGCAGAGGGAGGUCACCACGUUCAAGGAGCUGCGCUACCGCAGUGCCUCCAACAGACCCAAGGCUCAGCCGGCAGCCCCACAGCGCCCACCCGCACCCCAGGGGGGGUUGGAUGGCUCCGGCUGGGGGUCACCCGCGGCUCCGGGGGGACGGCUGCCAGCACCCCCCGAAGCCCACCAAGCGCGGAGGAGACCCCGACCUGCACUGCAGCCCAUCGCGGAGGGACGGCCGCGGGAUGCCGAGCUGCCCCUGCAGAGCCGCCCUGGGGAGCGCUCCGGCUGCGACACGCGGACCUGGAGGAGCGGGGGGUCCGGUGGGGACCCGCGGGGGUCGGGAGAGGCUGAGCACGGAGAGGAGAAUCAUCAGGAGGCCCGGCCCUCCCCACCCGCCGCCGGAGCUCCGGGCGCAGCGCAGCCUCACGGGGACGGCCCGGAGGGACGGCGCGGUGCUCUGGCGGAGCAGAAGAAAGCUCUGCUGAUCGCCGUCAGCACCGCCGUGGAUAAGGUCAUCGCCCACUUCAGCUCCGCACGGAACGUGGUGCAGAAGGCCCAGCUCGGGGACAGCUGGCUCAGCCCUGAUGUGGGCUACCUGCUGCUGCACACCCUCUGCCCCGCACUGUACGGCCUGGUGGAGGACGGGCUGAAGCCCUUCCAGAAGGAUGUCAUCACAGGACAGAGGAGGAACUCCCCUUGGAGCGUGGUGGAAGCCUCCGUGAAGACGGGCCCCAACACCCGCUCUCUCCACAACCUGUGCUGGCGUGUGGCUGGGCUGGCCCCUCUCAGCAGCACCAGGCAGAAGUUUCAUGCCUUUAUCCUUGGCCUUUUGAAUACGAAGCAGCUGGAGCAGUGGGUCUCUCACCUGCAGAAUAGCCCAGGUGUCAUCUCCGUGCUGUAUUUUCCUACGGCUUUCUUUGCUCUGAGCCAAGGCCCUCUCCCCCAUCUUGCCGACGAACUGCUGCUGCUCAUCCAGCCCCUCUCGGUGCUGACCUUCCACCUCGACCUGCUCUUCGAGCACCAUCACCUCUCCGUGGAUGUAAGACCUUUGUCACGUCGGCUGGAGUCACCCCCGUCUCCCGCCCGUCACUUUGCUCAGGGGGCUGCGCAGCCGCUGGAGGGCCAAAGCGGCGCUGCGGGGGCCAGCCUGGAAGAUGAGCUACCCCCUGAUACUCUGGGGAGGGCACCCGCAGCAGAGGAGAGCCCACGGGCCGAGUGCCAAGCAGCCGCGCGCAGCCCGCUGCCCGGCCCGCAGGUGGGGGCUGCCCUGCAGCAGACCUUCCAGCACGUGCUGCGCUGGGGCGACCAGCUCAGCCGCGCUUUCCUGGGAGCUGACAGCUCCCCGGGGGCCGUCAGGCCCGAGGCAGGCCCUUGGGAUACAGGGGCUGGCCCCAGCGGCUGGUGGGCCCAGCUGAGCCAGGCCUCCAGGAUUUACGCUGCUCCCAGCAAGGAAAGGUUCCCCUUCGUCUGGUGGACAAAGCUGCGGACGGCUGCAGGGGAUUCCAGCCCUGGGCAAGCGGCUCGACCCCAAACCCCUCUGAGAGAGCCUAAAAGCACUGAGCUGCAGCUGCUUCAGACCAAAGCUAUCCCUGAACUCUGCAGCCCGAACUCCAGCGGCAGCGCUGACACCUCCGGGACCUCUUCCCCUGAAGACCUCGUCCUUCUCACUGGAGCACCUUCCCCGCCAGCUGGUCCAGCUGCUGGAGAGAAACCCCUGGCUGCUUCCCCAGAGCCUGGUGCAGGCAGGAGCCAGGCAGCACCUCCCGACCCAGGGGCCAGCAGUCCUGGCCCGGACAGGGGCAGCUGGCUGGGCCGACUCUUCGGAGCCAGCAGCCCCUCUGCCAGGAGCUCCCCUCCCAGCCCCGACGCCAUCUCAGUGAGAUCCAGGAGACCCUCCAGCUGGCUGGCACCCAGCUCCCGUGUCCUGGCUGUGGUGGUGAAGGGGCUGGCGGCCGAGAAGAACCGUGCCCCAGAACAGCCCGAGAGGAAGGUGUCCAACUCGCCGCAGACCCACAGAGCGGUUCGGGCGCUGUGUGACCACACUGGUGCUGCUGACGGUCACCUGAGCUUCCAAAAAGGGGACAUUCUGCAGCUGCUCUCCACCGUGGAUGAAGACUGGAUCCGCUGCUGCCAUGGAAACAGCACUGGCCUAGUUCCUGUGGGCUACACGUCUCUGAUUUUGUGAGGAGGAGGAGACCUGAGGAAGCGGCUGAGCUUGCAGCAGUGCCACCUCCCUGCCCCAUCUCCACCACCUCCAAGGCUGGUGGUUCUGUGGGGCGAUCCCGCUGCGGUGCCGGCCCGCUGCUCCUUGCCAUUACCUCCUGCGCGUGUUGUCACAGCCCUGCUGCCACCUCAUCACGGCCCCUCGUCGGGACCCGCUCUUGCUCGUGUUUUCUCAGCUGCUGCCCACGUGUGAGGGCCGGCAAGGGCCCCGUCCCCGUGCAUUGCUCACGGUCCCACGUGCUGUCUCCGUGCCAUCGUGUCCCGUCACUGCCCUGCUUUGUCCCGGGGCUGGUGGCCCAGGCCAGCCCCAGCCACGUGUGUGCUGUCCUCCCAACACUGUGUAAAUAGUUGUAACCACGGGGAGAAGCUUAUUCCAGGGGAAAUAAAGGCUGUGACUCACGUGU